AUGAAGUUUUCUAGCUUAUUGGCGGUUGCGUCCGCCUUGAUGGCCGGCGCCAAUGCCCAAAACUGCGACUACAUUGGCGGCAACUACUACUGUAACGAGGUGUCGAAAAUCGUCUACGAAAACGUCGGUUUUUCGGGCUCUUACAACAGAGUCACCUCCAUGGACGAGUCCACCGGCAAGUGUUCGUCGGAGUCCCAAUCCUUCUCCGGCCCCUUGUCGCCUCUUGACGAGGAGUUGUCGCUCCAUUUCAGAGGUCCCUUGAAGUUGUUGCAGUUUGGUGUCUACUACCCUAGCUCCGGCAACGCCAAGAGAGACGACACCGAAGAGUGCACCACCACCCAGCACGUACACCACAAGCAUGUUAAGAGAGCUACUGCCAUGGUCACUCAGACUGUUUACAUCAACCAGAAUGGCGAGACCGUCACCACCACUGCUGCUGUUGCUGCAUCCAGCGCUCCUGCUGUUGUGCCUGAAUACGGUUCCGGUUCGGUUGCUGCCCCAGGCUCUGGCUCUGGCUCUUCUCCUAACGUUGCCAACUCUCCAGCUUCUUCUGCUGCCGCUGCCUCUUCUGGCGCUCCAGCCUCGGCUGCUGCUUCUUCCGGUGCUGCCUCUUCUGGCUCUCCAGCUUCUUCCGCCGCCUCUGCUGCUGCUUCUUCCGGCUCUAACUCCGGUUCUGCUUCUCCAGGUGACUGGACCAGAGUCUCCUACUACACCCCAGGCUCUGCCGACAACUGUACUUUCUUGAACUACUACGGUGGUUCUGGCUCCGGUGUGUGGUCUUCUGCCUUUGGUAACUCGCUCUCUUACGCCAACUCCGACAACUCCGGUGCCUCUUCUUCUCCUGUUGCUUUGAGCGAAGUCACCAUCGACUCCAACACCGAGUUUGUGGUGAUGUCUGGUCUCAAGUGUGGUGACAGCAGCGAACAAGCCGACUGUGGUUUCUACAGAGAGGGUAUUCCUGCUUACCACGGAUGGAACGGUCAAGAGAAGCUUUUUGUUUUCGAGUUCGAGAUGCCUUCUUCCUCUGCCACCGGCUUCAACGGUGACAUGCCAGCUGUCUGGAUGUUGAACGCUCAAAUCCCAAGAACCUUGCAAUACGGUGACGCUUCGUGCUCUUGUUGGGACACUGGUUGCGGUGAGUUCGACUUGUUCGAGAUUCUUUCUACUGGUUCCGACAAGUGUAUCUCUCACUUGCAUGACAAGCAAGGUGCUGUCAACGGUUACGGUGGAGGUGGUUCUUCCGACUACUUCAGCAGACCAACCUCUGGCUCGCUCAAGGCCGCUGUUAUCUUCACUGAACUGGCUAUCCACAUUCAAACCGUCGAUGAAGACUUUGGCUCUGUCUUGUCUUCUGACACUGUGCAAAACUGGCUCGACCAGACCGGCUCUGUUGUCACCCUCUCUUCGUGA